UUUAACUUGUUGCAUAUAACUUUUCUGUUAAUAAUGUAUGUAUCAUAUAAUAAUUAUAUUCUAUGAAUUUAUAAUAUUACUAGCUGAUCCCGUGUACUUCAAUGCCUGUUGAAAAUGCCAAAUCUAUACAUGCGAUUCGCUUGUUAUAAUGCGAGCAAUAUAUUAUGAGUCAAACGACAACAACAACUUUGGUGCCAUUGUAAUAAUAUUAUCAAGUGUCAACAAUACCGAUAACAGCGGAACCCGGCGGACAACAACAAGAACAACAUCAGUCAACAGUGUAUUAUUCGUUCCCCGUAUCUCCAUCAGCCGCCGCCGCAUACCGGUCACCGUCGACGCGUCCUAGUCGUCGGCGUCGCUCCAAACGCCGCGCAGUCGCCUUCCGCCGCACUCGUCCUGACGGCACGUCAAUCAAUACUCCACACAGUACGACACGUACGCCGCCCCCAAGACGCCGCUACGCACGGAAAUACGAAAUUAUUCUCUGCGCAUUAUUCAGGUGAACACCCGCAUCCACAUUCGUCGUCGUCGCGGGUGUGUGCCCGGGGCCGCUAGAGAGGAUCAGCAACAGAUUGCGGUGCGAGAGUGCGACGGCCGUCGUCGUCGUCAUGGGUUCGUACCUGAACAAACCGAAAACCGACAAGGACUCCGAGGACAUGGAAAACGACCGGCUCAUGUGCGGCGUCAGUUCGAUGCAGGGCUGGCGCGAGAAACAGGAGGACGCCCACGUCUGUUUAGUGGACUUCGACAAUGACAUGUCGCUUUUUGGAGUCUUCGACGGGCACGGUGGCGCUGAAGUGGCACAGUAUGCUGUUGAGAUGUUGCCUUCACUGAUCAAAAACGAACUGUUCAAACAAGGCGAUUACGAAAAUGCACUGAUCAAGGCUUACUUGGAUUUCGACGACAGUCUAAUUGCACCGUCAGUUUUGAGGAGGCUGAGAACUCUUCGAUUGAAAAACGGAAAAACAGAAGAAAGUGAUAAUGCCGAUGUUGAUGAUGAAAAACUUGUUGAAACGGAAUUGGCUGGAAAAGACAGUGGUUGUACAGCAGUUGUAGCUUUAUUAGUGAAAAAUAAGCUAUAUGUGGCUAAUGCUGGAGACUCCAGAUGUGUGGUAUCUAUUGCUGGCAAAGCUCAUGCCAUGUCAACAGAUCACAAGCCUAGGGAUAAAUCCGAGUUGAAAAGAAUUCUUGCAGCCGGUGGGAGAGUUUCAAGUGAUGGACGAAUUAACCAUGGUCUUAAUAUGUCACGAGCCUUAGGUGAUCAUAUGUACAAGACAAAUAGUUUAUUUACAAAUAUGGAACAAAUGAUAACUGCUUUACCUGAUGUACAAAUCAUAGACUUGAAACCAGAAAAUGGUGAUUUUAUAGUUUUAGCGUGUGAUGGUAUUUGGAACUCGUUAUGCAGUCAGAAAGCUAUUGAUUUCAUAUCAAAUCGUAUCCAUUGUCCAGAUGUCAAAUUAUCAUUAAUUUGUGAAGAAUUAUUUGAAGUAUGUUUGGCGCCUGAUACACCAAAUGCUGGAGUUGGCUGUGAUAACAUGACUUGUAUCAUUGUGAAGUUCAAACAUCAACAGAAAAGUUCACUUACAGAUGAUGUAGUAGAAGAAUCUGAUCUCGUUACUAAACGUUCACUUACAGAUGAUGUAGAAGAAGAAUCUGAUCUCGUUACUGACUGUAAGAAACCUAAAUUGGAUGUGACAGCACCUGAAUCAGUAGAGUAAAUAUUGCUUUUCACCAUCAACUUUUAUGUGUCACACAAUUUUUUUUUGGAUGAUAAGAUUAGUGUAGACAAAUUAAAUUGUAUUUUUCAUUAUUUAAAAUUCAAAAAAAUAUUUCAUUAUAAUUUAAUUUAAGUAGCUAAUGUAUUACUUUUAUUUAAUUUAUUUACCAUAUUAUAUUAUAUUAUGAAGAUGCUAUGCCCGUAUGUUGUGCUGUUUCUGUUACUCUAAUAUUAAACAUUUUUUACAAAAUGUGUUUUGUUGUUGUACAUCUGUAAGACGGGGUCAACUCGUACUGUUAUUAACUAAAAGAAUAUUACCUAUUGAUUAGA